UCAUCAUGAGUCCUUCGAAAAACGAGAAAAAAAAUGGCAGAAAUAAAUGGCGCUCUGUGGCAACGACGGGCAAUGGCACCGCAGGGUUAGAAACAGAAUAAAUGGUGUUUUGCCCCUCCUAUCGUAUGUUUUUCAAUAGAAAUAGUAUUUAUUGAAGCCUUGACGAAAUAAAAAAUUGUUGACAAAAAUGAAUAGUCAAGAUAUGAAACGCCUUACGUUUUAAGUGAAAGGUUUGGGCUAAGUCACGUUUCCUUUACUCAAGUUUCGAGAUUAUCAGAAUGAGCCACGAAAUAGGAGGGAUGGAAAUCGGUGAACCGAAAAAAUUAAAUUUAAUGUGUGUUUAAGACAGUUUAAACUCGAAAGCAAUUUUUUUUGUCUCGGAAAGUUCAUCUCCGUUUAUUGCAAUUCUCUUUCUUAAUUUACAGUCUUUGCAAAAGCUACUUUAACAUGAAAUCGUUACGAAGCUACUUUAAUAUCGUGAAGUUCGUAUGUUUGUAGUAAAUUACUUUAGUACAGAUUUUACACUUCACAAAUCUAUUUCCUUCUUAAUUAAUCAUCUUGAAAGACCUGUCAGCGUUGAGGGGUAGGUAUUUGGCAAAUUCUUCUGAUGUGUUGCUAUUUAUGUUCAGGCGCCUUUUCAUUUGUUUUUAAUGUUGUGACGAUUGAGUAGCAGAGUUUGCAGAAACAGAAAAUGUCGGUGCAAAUGCAAAUGCAUUGCAGAGUUGUGAUUCGAUUUCUAAUUUGUGUCUGUUUGGUGGGCUUGACUACUGCUAAAUGUGUUCCUGAAAAGUGUGGUUCCAUGAAUGUGAGUUAUCCCUUUUGGAUUAAUUCUUCAAAAUGUGGAUACCCUGAAAAUGAUUUUCAGAUCACAUGCAAGGAGGACGAAGAUACUGGGAUGCUCACUCCGUUCUUUAGAGCUGCUGUACUUAAUUCUUCAGAUGGGUUUCUUUAUAGCCACUAUUUCAAGAUUAUGAAGAUCGAUUAUGAGGGUCAUCUCAUCAUAAACUCUUCUUCUCUAAGGGCCAAUUCGUGUGAUACACAGACUACUAAGAGAAAUUUAUUUUGGCCAUAUUGGUCUUUCACUCUUUCCAAGUCCAAUAGAUUGGUAGUUGUUGGCUGCGAAACAGUUGGCACCUACAGUUAUGGGGAUAUGGGAGAGGCUAGAUGUGUAUCAAUAUGUGCUUCUCAAAGCGAUCAACCAUACUGCCGCCAUGGCUGUUGUGAAAUUAACGUUCCAGAUAAUUGGUCAUUUAUAAAUUUCACGGGCGGAGGUGGUGUGUUUAAUUUGACCGACUAUAACGAAUCCGUGUGUGGCUUCUCCACCAUAAUGGACCCGUCCACCUUCACCAUUGUGGACAAUAAAACAAACCUCUUUUGGGGAAAAGGCAGGAAAGCUUAUUACGGUCUCCGCCUUAAUUGGGGUAUUGGCAGUCAGAGUUGUUCAACAGUUAAACCAACGGCCAAUUAUUCUUGCUCCAUCAAAGCAGAAUGCAUUGAAUCACCCUCAGGAGAUGGGCACGUAUGCAGAUGCCUUCCUGGAUAUCAAGGAAAUGGUUACUACAAUGGCACUGAUUGCACAGACAUAAACGAAUGUACCAGUUAUACAAACCGGAGUAUGUGCAUUGAAACAGAGAAAGGGGGAAUAUGCCAUAAUUUGGCAGGUUCCUACAAUUGUUCAUGUGCUAAAGGUUAUGUGGGAGAUGGCUUUAGAAACGGGACAAGAUGCAUGCGCACACAUUCAAAUCGGGUUGUCUUUCCUGCAAUCAUAGGAUCCGUCUCUUCGUUUGGGGCUGUCUGUUUAGCAGCGUGUCUUUUGGUUUGGUGGCUAAGGAAACGCCACUUGAAACUUGUGGAGGCCAAGUAUUAUCAGCUGUUACAGAAACACAUAGCUUCUACGGUGGGGAGAGAAAGCCUGACAAUUUUUCCUGCCAAAGAAAUGGCAAGAUCUUCUAAUAAUUAUUCAAGUGAAAUGGUAUUGGGAACUGGUGGGUUUGGAACUGUGUUCAAGGGUACUCUGUUAGAUGGUACUCUUGUGGCUAUUAAAAAGUCCAAGCAAGCUUUAAAUCUGGAAGGUGACCAUGAGUUUCUUAAUGAAGUUGCUAUUCUCUCCCAAAUAAAUCAUAGAAAUAUAGUGAAAUUGUUAGGGUGCUGCAUCCAAACUAAAUUCCCUUUGUUGGUAUCUGAAUUCGUUCCGAAUGGAACGCUCUUCGAACAUUUACAUUACAAGGAGGGGUCUUUAACUUGGGCUUCACGUCUGCAAAUUGCAAUUGAGACGGGGGAGGCUUUAGCAUAUCUACAUUCUGGAGCAUGUCAACCCAUUUUCCACCGAGAUAUAAAAUCGUCUAAUAUUCUUUUGAAUGAGAGACUCUCUCCCAAAGUUGCAGACUUUGGGAUUUCUCGUCUCAUCUCCGCUUCCAAUAACACACAUGUAACCACUAAUAUAAUGGGGACAACGGGUUACUUAGAUCCUGAGUACUUCCAAACAUAUCAACUCACCGAAAAAAGUGAUGUAUACAGUUUUGGUGUAGUCCUGGUUGAGCUUUUAACAUCUCUCAAACCCUUCUCUGCGGAAAGGGGGAGCGAGGAGAUGAGUUUAUCUAGUGUUUUUCUAUCCAGGCUCAACCACAAUCGCCUCAGAGAAAUCUUAGAUAGCAAAGUAUUGGAGGAAGAAAACCUGCAAGAAAUGGAAGAUAUGGCAAGGAUAGCAAGAGAAUGCCUCCAUAUAGAAAGGAAGAAGAGACCGUCAAUGAAAGAGGUGGUGGAGGAACUUAUUUGUGUAAGAGGCAAGACAAGAAAGAUGAAAUUCCAUGACAGCGUAAAGUGUGACAAUGCAAUAUUUGAGCAGACAAAUAUUUUCAGAGAAGCAUCACAAACGUCACAUGAAUUCAGGAGUUACACCUUUCCAUCUACAGUUGGAAGUACAUCAGAGGAGCCAUUCACUGAACCAGUUCCGAUGUCGACACUGAGUAAAUGAUUAAGGAAAGGAGAUGAUAAGGCUUCAUCUUUAGAUUAGAAAUCAAAUUUGUUUAGUAUAAUAGAACUGUCAGUUUAUUUGUUUUGUAAUUUGUUUUUGAAGUCUUCUGUGAUGCUUUCUUUUUAGAUACUUUCUUAUGCUUAUUUUAAGAAAGUAUUGUCAGUAUAUUUCAAUAGAUUAUGCGAUGUACAUAUUUCGAUGUACAAUUAUAAAAGAAUAUUUUUGAAACU